AUGCAACGCGUUGCUGCCACGACGCUCCGAGCCGCCACGACGCUCGAAGCCGCCACGACGCUCCGAGCCGCCACGACGCUCCGAGCUGCCACGACGCUCCGAGCUGCCACGACGCUCCGCACCUCGCGGCGCGGCCAAUCCUCCACCGCCGCCGCCCCGCUCCGGUACUUUUCGGCCUGGUUCUGCCCGUUUGCGCACCGCGCCACGCUUGCGCUCGAGCACCACCGCCAGGCCGUUCCCUACGAGUGGGAGGAGUCGCUUGGCUGGGAGCAGCGGGCGCCGACCGGGGACGAGGACUUUGAGGCGACCGAGCGGAGCGACUGGUGGUACCACUGGAAGUCACCGGCGCUGUUGGCGGCCAACCCAAAGGGCAUGGUGCCGACGCUGCUCGACCCUGCCACCAACCGCGCCGUGACCGAGUCGAUCGUAUGCAUCCAGUUCAUCGACGAGCUCGCCGCCGCCAACGGCUCGACUGCGCCGCCGCUGCUUCCGACCGACCCGUUCGAGCGAGCGGCCGCGCGGGUCGCGGCGGAGCAGGUCAACAAGAGCGUCACCUCGGGCUACUACCAGGCGCUGGUCCGCACCGACGCGGCGGAGCGGGCGGACGGCUUCGCAAAGGUGCUCGACGGCCUGCGCGCCUUCACGCGGGAGAGCCGAGGCCACUUUUGGGGCGGCGACUCGCUCGGCCUCGUCGACUGCGUGCUGCUGCCGUAUGCGUACCGGCUGUACGCGCUCGAGCACUACCGCGGGUUUGCGGUGCCCGCCUCGGGCGAGGGGGGCGUGUGGGAGAGGUACCAGGCGUGGCUCAGCCGCGCGACCAGCCUGCCGUACGUCGCGCCCACCCUGCCCGAGAGGGAGCGGUACCUGAGACAUGUCGCGAAGUAUGCGGAGGGCAAGGCGAGGAGCAAGGUCGGGAACGCUGUGCGGAGGGGCGCGGCGGCGCACGACUACGACGACACCCUCGACGACGACGCGGCCCACGCGCAGGGCGUCAAGUGA